GGCGCCCAGGGUUCGGCGCGAGCCCGGCAGGGCCGCAGGCUCCGCCCUGCCCCGCCCCGCCCCGCCCGGGCUCGGGGAAAAGGUCGCGGUGGGGACAUGUCGCGGUGUUCCCUUCAGCGGGGGCAGCAGAGCGUGAGGGCCGGCGGGGCCGCCAGAGAACAAAAUGUCAUCAGUGGAAUUGCAGCAGGAGCAGUUGUCCCAGUCAGAUCCAUCCCCAUCACCAAACUCAUGUAGUUCCUUUGAGCUAGUAGACAUGGAUGCAGGCAACUUGUAUGAACCAGUUUCUCCACAUUGGUUUUAUUGUAAGAUAAUAGAUUCUAAGGAGACAUGGAUUCCUUUCAAUUCUGAGGAUUCACAGCAACUGGAAGAGGCUUAUGGCUCUGGAAAAGAUUGUAAUGGGAGCAUUGUCCCCACUGAUGGAGGCAGAUACGAUGUUCAUCUGGGGGAGAGGCUGCGGCAUGCUGUGUAUUGGGAUGAACUAGCAUCAGAAGUGAGACGAUGUACAUGGUUUUACAAGGGAGAUAAAGACAAUAAAUAUGUUCCCUACUCAGAGAGCUUCAGUCAAGUUUUAGAGGAAACUUAUAUGCUUGCUGUAACUCUGGAUGAAUGGAAAAAGAAACUGGAGUCUCCCAACAGAGAAAUUAUUAUAUUACAUAAUCCAAAGCUCAUGGUGCAUUACCAGCCAGUUGUAGGGUCUGAUGAAUGGGGUUCAACACCCACUGAACAGGGUCGACCCAGAACAGUGAAGAGAGGAGUUGAGAACAUCUCUGUUGACAUUCACUGUGGAGAACCUUUACAAAUAGAUCACUUGGUUUUUGUAGUCCAUGGGAUUGGACCAGCUUGUGAUCUCCGCUUUCGAAGCCUUGUGCAGUGUGUUAAUGAUUUUCGCAGUGUUUCCUUGAACUUGCUGCAGACACAUUUUAAGAAAUCCCAAGAAAAUCAGCAGAUUGGGAGGGUAGAAUUUCUUCCAGUCAACUGGCACAGACCUUUGCAUUCUACUGGUGUAGAUGUAGAUCUGCAGCGAAUAACCCUGCCCAGCAUUAACCGCCUCAGGCACUUCACCAAUGACACAAUUCUGGAUGUCUUCUUCUACAAUAGCCCCACCUACUGUCAGACUAUUGUGGACACAGUUGUUUCUGAAAUGAACCGAAUAUACACACUUUUUCUGCAGAGGAACCCUGAUUUCAAAGGGAGUGUAUCCGUUGCUGGUCAUAGUUUAGGUUCGCUUAUAUUGUUUGAUAUCCUAACAAAUCAGAAAGAUUCUUUGGGGGAUAUUGACAGUGAAAAGGAUUCACUAAAUAUUGUUAUGGAUCAAGGAGAUACACUGACAUUAGAGGAAGAUUUGAAGAAACUUCAGCUCUCUGAAUUCUUUAGUAUUUUUGAGAAGGAAAAAGUAGAUAAGGAAGCUCUGGCUUUAUGUACAGACAGAGAUCUUCAGGAAAUGGGAAUUCCUUUAGGACCAAGAAAGAAGAUAUUAAACUAUUUUAAGACCAGAGAAAAUUCAAUGGGUAUUAAUAGACCAGUCUUGCAGUCAACUUUAGGAGUAAAUAUCCCCAAAGAAUCUGAGUUCUGCAGUAGUUCUGACAAUACUAGAAAUGAUGAAUAUCUGGAUGUUGGCAUUGGGCAGGUAUCUGUAAAUUACCCCCAGCUCCUCUAUAAACCAGAAAUAUUCUUUGCCUUUGGAUCUCCCAUUGGAAUGUUUCUUACUGUUCGAGGACUAAAAAGAAUUGAUCCCAACUACAGAUUUCCAACAUGCAAAGGUUUCUUCAACAUUUAUCACCCUUUUGAUCCUGUGGCCUAUAGAAUUGAACCAAUGGUGGUCCCAGGAGUGGAAUUUGAGCCAAUGCUGAUCCCACAUCAUAAAGGCAGGAAGCGGAUGCACUUAGAACUGAGAGAUGGUUUGACCAGGAUAAUAAGUAUGGACCUUAAGAACAACGUGAUAGGUUCACUACGGAUGGCCUGGAAUUCUUUUGCCAGAGCUCACUAUCCUGCCUUACAAGCUUCAGAAACUGCAAAAGAAACUGCAGCAAAACCUGAAUCAAGUUCAGAGAAACCCAGUGAUGUUAAAGAAGAGACCUCUGUGGAAGUUAAAGAAGUCCCACCCAUCAGUGUGGGAAUGCUGAAUGGAGGCCAACGCAUUGACUAUGUGCUACAGGAGAAGCCCAUUGAAAGUUUUAAUGAGUAUUUAUUUGCUUUACAAAGCCAUCUAUGUUAUUGGGAAUCUGAAGAUACAGUACUGCUGGUCCUCAAAGAGAUCUACCAAACCCAGGGCAUCUUCCUUGAUCAGCCCUUAUAGUAAAAAUGACCCAUCGAUGGCUGCGUAAUAUGGACAUUGAGGGAUCCUUCCCCAGAAAAUCCACCUGUUUGUUGCUGCAAUUUUCCUCUCAGCUGCGUCAUUUUCUGCAUGUUGCCUGCUGCUUACUCACCACUGGGAUCUUUGGAAGAUAAUCUUCCUUUUUGGAAGUGAAUAGAAAAGCAAAAGGAAUACUCUAUUACUUUUUACCACUGGCUUCAUGUAAACACUUGCCAUCCUUUCUUCAUA